GUGCAAAUGUCCUCCGAGCGGGUUGAAAGCAUUCGGUGAUGCAAGCAAUCUCUUUAUGCCAUAUAAAAUAAAACCAAAACCUUCCGGGCAGUUGUGGCGGAUCUGUCAAACCUGACGUUGUAAUGUUGCUGUCUUUCCAAUCGAAUGACAUCAGUUACUCCUAGGCUGAAUGCAAGAGUGAGAGCGCUUUUUCUUCUUUAAAAUGAUUGCGAUUCACAGUUCUUCAUGUUAUAGGGAUCACUGUGGUUCACAGGUUCACUAUGGAACGCUGCUUUGAUGUGUACCAUCUGCGUACUUUGUCAUGCUCAAACGCUAGAGAAAGAAAAGAAGCGCCUGAAGGAGUUCUCCUUUGUCUCAGAGGCGCCCUCCCAGAGCCCCGCCCUUCAAGGGGAGGACAUCCAGGCGCUGGCUAUUCGUCGGGAGGACCUGGAGAAGUUAUGGGUACCCCAGCCUCCUAAGGACUCCCAGAAGCCCCAGACAGUGACCCGGGUUCUGGUACGGAAGACCCGCCCCCUGGAGGAGGAGCGGAAGACAGUCAGGGUGGUUGUGGCACGGCCCCUCCCACAGGAUGCUGCCGUACUGCCGCUGGAGUACACAGGUCCUGGGGGGCCUCGCUUUGAUGACCAGGGUAUGGUCCUGCCACAUAGCAUUCUGGGAAGCCUGGAGGACUUUAAGAGAGAGAUGGAGACCAGGGGUGAAACCCAGCUGGUGAAACGUGUGCCGGACUGCCCAAAGUUACACGGCCCAGUAGCGGUAGAGCACAGCUGUGAGGAGAAGCCAAAGCCCCGCCCCAGAGGACAGCCCCACCCCCCAGAACUGCAGAGCCACGCCCUCCAGCACUGGAGGAGUCACAUGAGAGAGAGGAGGCGUCAGCUGGACUUCAUCUCCGAUCUGCUGCAGAAACCGGUCGGCACCCUGCUGAUGAGCCAGUCCAGCGGCUUCCGCAAGACGCAGGAGCAGAGAGAGCUCAUAUCCCGCCAACUGCCCGCCCUGCACCCCGGCCAUGGUUACCGUGUGGGCAGUGAGUUCUGGAACGUUCCCCGGCGCAUUGGAGACGAGCUGAGCGGGAUCACAGCCACCCUGACCCAGACUGAGAGAGGCUACCCUGAGCCCAUCACCCAUAUCGGCCAACCGCAAUGCAUACUACAGGAGACAGGCAACGCGCUGGACGGGCGCUCGAGCGGCCGGACCUGGGACCGCAGCCUGUACCUGCAGCAGUGCCGGCAGGAGCUCAGAGAGGUUCUGAUGGACCUGGACUUCAGCCAGCCUGAGAUCGAUGGCCUUGCAGUGAUAGGGACUGGGCGGCCCUUCACCUCUGUCACCGCUGAGUGCUGCCCCCUGCUGGAGGAAGAGGAGAAUGACAGCGAGGCUGAGCACAAGGAGAACCAAGACCCACUGGUGCACGGCGAUGAUGCGAUCGCGGAGGCAGUAUCGGUUCCGGCGCUACGCUUCUGUGGCCAGCCGGCCCGGUGGAUUGGGAGUCCGUCCUCGCACAAGGGGGAAGUGGGCAUUGCAGUUCGCCUGACCUUCGAGGCGUUGGAGGGGGAGCAGGCCUCCUCGUACCUGGAGCUGCAGAACGAGGGGAGCACUGCGCUGUACUACACCUGGCAACGCCUGCCCCAGGAGCACAGCUUCCUGGAGACCCAGCCCCAUGUACACACUCAGCACUUCUACUUCAACACCAGUACAGCGGUGAUCUUGCCGGGGGAAACUCAGCGGGUGGUGUUCAUCUUUAAGUCGGCGACGGCGGGAAUCGUGAGUGAGGUGUGGUGCCUCAACACACACCCUGUCCUGCUGGGGGGGGCCGCUCUACAGGUGACCCUGCGUGGGGUGGCUCUCUACCAGGAUAAGACUGCUCAGCAGAGGGAGGCACUGCAGAAACAGCUUCAGCAGAAAGAAGCUGAGUCAGUGUGUGCACUGCUGAUUUGGGAGCUCCUGCAGGGAGUGCGCACUCCAGACAGACCCUGCUCACCCGCUGAACUCUACCUCACUGAGGAGGACCGCUUCCACAUGAUCAACCCCCAGCUGUAUUACCGGCUGGGGGUGGUGGAGGAGCUGAGGAGACUCUGGGAGCAGGUGAGAGAUUCAGGGGAGACCAGGGAAACGCCCACAGUGCCCUCGAGCUGGGACCUCUGUGUGCCCAGUCUCAGACAGGCCGUGUUGGCCCUGCCAGAGGGGGAUGGAGAGGGACAGAGGGAUCAGGCUCUCUCCCGCCUAAACAGCCUGGUGCUGGAGCUCCACCAGCCCCAGCAACCCCCACCACCACUGCUGCUGCACUGCAUCGGGCUGCAGUUGUGGAGGGAGCUGUUGGAUGGGCUGGUCAGUGAGGCAGUGUGGCUGAAGCAGGUAAUGAGCCUGUCAGAGAAUGAGACCCAGGGACAGACCCAGCUGGAGGAGACGUCAGGGAAAGCAAAGAAGGAGGAAAAGAAAGGAGGACCAGUCUCUAAGGAUGAGAAGAAAGGGGGGAACGGCAAAGAGGAAGAGAAAAAAGGGCCAGUUAAACAGACAAGCAAAGACAAACUGAUGGAGGAGGGCACGUCCAGUAAGAGGAAGUUUCGAGAGGAGAGGCGCACUGGACGGACAGGGAAGCCUCUCAGUCGGGCUCCGCCCUCUGCCCCCGCCAGCCCGGACAACCUCAGCCCUGAGCUGCAGGAGAGAUACCGCCAACACCUGCACAAGCGAGUGUGUGUGCUGAUGGAGUCCAUGGUGGACUCUCUGUGUGACCUGCUGGAGGAGGUUCAGAGUGAGCAGCUGGACCAAUCGAGUGCAUUCAUCUGAAUCCAGAGACAACAUCCCCCUCCUUGAAGCCACACCUCCUCUCUGUUUGACCACACCUUCACCCUGCUUCUAUGGAAAAUCCAUUAUCAUGAAUGUAAAUGUGUUUAAUAAGCCUCUCCUCAUACCCCAGUGAGAAAAAGCCGGAGACUAGAUGUCUAGAUGGGUGGAGAUCUCGGUCGUGAGAUGGAUUAGGCUGGGAGAUGGGCACAAACGGACUAGGUUAUCCCCACCAUAGCUCAGGUUUUACCCAGAUAUAGCCUGGCUAACUCUCACUUUUCAAUCGAACGUAGCCGUUUUUUUUUACCUGAGCGCCUAGAUGCCGUUUCACCAACUUUUCACCAGAAAACUGUUCCCUGGGACUCGUUAACCGCCGAGGUAAUUGCGAAACGUGGGGUGUGGAGUAAGAGAAACGCACUGAGCAAAUACACCUUCGGUUACGCAGCGCUCGCGCGGCUCUGAGGGUUCUCCUUCGCCUCUCCGCUGUGACAGAGACCAGCCUUCUUCCUGCUUCUUCCGGAUUCUUCGUUUCAGCACCAUUUUGUCUUCAGAUAAAAAUGCGACGUGUGGCUUUUUAACGCUCAGCACAAUGAUCCGCAUAAUGCUGCCUGCUCGGCCAGGAACCCACACGGGUCCCAUUUACAAACGAGAACGAUGACAUCAGCGCACUCCAAGAAGAAAACGGUGUAAUAAAUUGUCUUGUUAUAUUGACCGUGGAGCUCGUCCGUUCUGGGGUGGGGGGCUUCUAUGUUUCUGGGCUCUUUUCCGGCCUGUUUAGCACAAAGCCAGAGGUGAUGAAGGUGAGGGAACACGCGUUCCAGAAUGUUCCCCACAAUGUUCCAUCUCCGCUGGUUGCAGGUACUGAGCGCGGGGGCCGCCACAGCCAAUCAUGGCUGAGGGCCUCCAGGGCGUCAGGUGGUAGUUCGUGGUCCCCCGGCCACAUCUGAUGCGGGCGGCUGUGGUGCGGUCACAGACACGGAAUGUUCCGGUGGCUUCUGCUGCUGUUUCAUGUCUGUAGUGCUGAGGCCCUGGGGCCUCUUCAUUAAAAUUCUGUCUCUCACUCUUCCUUUAA